UGUAGCGUCUAAGCUGUUGCUGUCUACUGACAGUCUACCGUGAGAAGCUGACCCGAACUGGCACAUUUUGUGCGUGCCUACAUUGGGUGUGUAAAAUGAAAGAAAUAACAAAAAAGUGAAAGUAAAUUGUUGUCCGUCGAAACCACUUUUGGUUUGUACAGAUCUGGACCACAGCAGCUUUAAAGACAGCAAAUGGUGUACUGGAGCAAUUUCUCGCACGUUUUAUAACCGCAGCUAAAUUUCUGAGAAGAAAGACAAUGAUCAACCUACAAGGCAUAAGGCGCGAUCUAUAUUGUGAGCACCAAUGAAAUUCUAUCACAAAUCAUCACAAUGACAUACACCACAAUGGGCGUAAUCAAAAAACGUUCUGGGCUUUCCAGCUCGACCAUCAACAACAAUAAUCUCGCCAAAUCAUCCCAGCAGGAAAAAGUUGUAGAACCGUCCAAGACAAUCAAUGAAAUUACCAGAACCCAUCCGACGGCCUAUUUGAUAUUCGGGUCAUUGCUUUUGGAUUUGUUAGCAUUUACCAUGAUUCUGCCCCUGUUACCAUCCAUGUUGGAGUAUUACAAACAAAACGAUGUCGGCGGUUUGUAUGGGUAUUUGUCGGACAGUAUUAGCAGUUUCCAGGAGUUGGUUGGCGCUCCGAAACGGUUCAAUUCUGUCCUCUUUGGCGGUGCUCUUGGAUCCAUGUUCAGCUUGCUGCAAUUCAUUGUUAGCCCGAUUGCCGGAAGACUGUCCGAUUUCUACGGAAGGAAACCCGUUCUGAUUGUUUGUGCUGUCGGGAUUGCCGCUUCGUACGGAUUGUGGGCCUACUCGCAUAGUUUUAUGCUUUUUGUAUUGGCGCGAUUCGUGGGCGGCUUGAGUAAAGGAAACAUUUCCAUCUGUAUGGCAGUGAUAACGGAUGUUUCCAACCAGCAGAAUCGAGGAAAAGCAAUGGCACUAGUUGGGAUUGCUUUCUCGUUGGGAUUCAUCGUGGGACCUAUGAUUGGAGCGAUAUUCUCACGGUUCGCCGACAAAACCGAUGCGCAAUGGUUUUGGUUACCGGCAAUGUUUGCCAUGGGUUUGGCAUCGUUAAACGUAGUGUUUAUUGCAUGCUGUCUAAAGGAGUCCCUAGCGAAGGAGAAACGUUCCAAAAAGAUCAUUAAUUCACUAUCGCAUGCUCUGGACCACAUCAGUAUUCCGGCACUAUUUAAAUUUUCGGCAGUGAAGAAUCUUUCCAUGCGAGACAUAAAAUCUCUUCAAAGCCUCGGGCUAGUGUAUUUUAUUUACUUGUUCAUUUACUCCGGACUGGAGUUCACCGUUACAUUCCUUAUGUAUCAUAAGUUCAACUAUACAUCGAUCGAUCAGGCGAAAAUGUUCCUCACUACUGGCGUCACCAUGGCGUUCUUGCAAGGCUCAGUCGUUAGGAGGCUUCCACAGCGUUUAACGCAAAUCUCAGCCGUAUAUGGACUGUACUUAAUCAUCCCUGCGUUCAUCGUCGUAGGAAUUGCGGAAACCACGCAAAUGCUCUAUUUAGGAAUGAUCCUAUUUGCGAUUUCGACUGCAUUCGUGGUAACCUGCAUGACAACACUCACUUCCAAGUAUGGCGAUUUUCAUCAGAAGGGUACCGUUUUGGGAGUAUUUCGUUCUCUUGGCGCCUUGGCACGUGCUCUUGGUCCGAUUGUGGCUUCGAUUGCCUUCUGGAGUAUAGGAUCUAAGAUAACCUACGUAAUCGGUGGUGUUUUCUUGAUUUGUCCCACGGUGAUGAUGCAAUUGAUGAAGUUGUCUUAGAUACUGUUUCAUUUCAUUUAAUUUUGUUACGUCCAUUUGUAGCUAGUUAGAUAGUUUUUGUACUCUUUAUAUAUAGUAUUCGUUGGGA